AUGUCGGCAGUGCGACCCCUCGAACAGAUCAAGCGCGAGACGAAAGUCGCCUACCGCGCGCCGCACCUGCGCAAGCACAACCUGACGGGCACCGACCUGAUCGACUCGCUGGACAACAUCGGUAUCGGUGGCGCAUACCACCACGAAGGCCCCUACGACGCGACCCUGGCGAGCCGCAACAAGGACGAGCGGUUCGCACCCGUCGCCGCCGUCAAGACGACCAACAUGGAGGCCCUGCGUGCGACGCCCUACGAGCACAUCCAGGACUCGUUGCGCAAGCACAUGCCGCUGCAGGGCACGUCGACGAUCCCGCCCGGCAUGCCCGACCUGCGCGGCCUGCCGAUGGAGUACGAGGAGGGCGUUGACGUCAUGCGCGAGUCGGACGCGUACGGGGGUGCGCUGGGGCGGUACGAACAUGUCCAAUACCACCCCGACGACCUCAAGGGCAAGGGCGAGCCCUCCUACACAAUAGAGCGGGACCUGAAAGAGCGCAAGCGCCACCAGAAGUCCAUGUCGAGCGGAACGAACGGCAACGGCAACAACACGGCCGUCUACGAGAUGCAGCCCACAGGACACCGUCGCGAGGACAGCAGCACUAGCACGGGGAAGGACGGCGGUGUCGCGACGGUCCGCCAGCGCAGGUAUAGCACGGACAGCGCGGCGGCGGGGCCGUCGAGCCCGCCGUCGGCGAGUGUUGGGCGCAGCAAUACUUCUUCGGGUAAGAGGUUGAGUGGCGGCUUGAAACAACGGUUCGGCUCCAUCCGCCGCCACCACAAGCACAGCAACAGCAAUGAGGACUCGUUGAUCUGA